AAUGGGGCCUUAAUCAGUGAGCUAUUCUGCGCGACCGGCGUUCACUGCGUUCAGUUUUCUCGUGACCUCAAAUCCAGAAACAAGCAAAUCGAAACAAACAUGUCUUUAGACGAGAGAUUCAACAAAGCCGCCGAGAGCGUGAAGAACUUGAAAGCUUCCCCAUCGAACGAUGAUCUUUUGGAGCUGUACGCUUUCUUCAAACAAGGAAGCAUCGGUGACGUGAAUACCGAGCGCCCAGGAAUGUUGGACUUGAAGGGCAAGGCCAAAUGGGACUCGUGGAGCUCCAAGAAGGGCAUGUCCAGUGAUGAAGCCAAGGAAAAGUACAUCGCCAAAGCCGACGCCCUCAUCGCUUCCAUCGGCCUGAAAUAGAAUCCUGAAUUCUAUAAAUAUUUUUUUUGUAUUUAAUUGCUUCGUUUCUCUAUUUUGCUGGGGGGACUUUUGUAAUUUUAUUUUGUUGUUUUUUUUUUGACGCGGGAUAUUUAGUAUAUUGUUAUUAUAGCUUUACUACUACUACUACACACUCACACACUACAGAAAAAAAAUGUUACCACUUUGCUUGGUCAAAGUGCUGGAAUAAAAGAAUUCGUGAAAUAAAUAAAUUUUCAUA